AACCCACGCGCAUACCACCCACCCCCGUGGGAGCAGCACCCACCGCCAUGGGCCGCAACGAAGGGUCGAGGCCCGGAACCGGGUCCAAAAGACCCGGCGCGAGGACACAAUCAGAAAAGACAGCAGCUGCAAGAGACAUCGCACAGCAGGCGCGAGGCAUGCAGUCGUGGCUGUCAGGAGGGUCGACCUCGAAGCGCCCACGAGUAGGUGGUGCUCAGGGUGGGGAGGGAAACAAUGGACCGCGCCGGGUGUUCAUGGAGCAUGACGUGGCGUACAUGAUCGGCUUCCGGACAAACCGCUACAAGCAGAUUAAGAACUUCGAGAAGCGCAUCCUGGUGGCCACCGACCUCUUCGGCCGCGGCAUCGACAUCGAGAGCGUGAACAUCGUGGUGAACUACGACUUCCCCGACGGCGACGACGGCUCGGACCAGUACCUCCACCGUGUGGGCCGCGCAGGACGGUGAGAAUAGAACCGGCUUCUUUUUUGUUUUCAGCAGGGAGUCUGGAUCGGACCUUGUCUAUUCGGCACCAAGGGCCUGUCUAUUUCGUUCGUAUCGACGGAGUCUGACGCCAAGAAGCUGGAGGAAGUGCAGUCCCGCUUCGAGGUGGACAUCCCCGAGCUGCCGGACACGAUCGAGACAAGCACGUACAUGCAAGCAGCAACUUAAAAUUUUACAACAUGAUCAUAAAAUGUUUUUAGAAAAACUGGGUUAAGAACCGCGUGCAGGGAAGGAUGGGCCACAAAGAACGGCGACACAUAGAAACGGUGCCGGUUCGGUCGAAACGGCAGAUGGUGGGGGUGGGUAGCGGCCUUGUAGUGGUUUUCGAUUGCUCUGUUGUCGGAGGGAGUGCUUCUAGACGAAUGAUGCUGUACCGGUGUAGUGUCUGUGGCCGCAGCAGUAUGUACCAGCAACCACCGAGCACGAGCAAAAGCCCAUCGCUCAAUGAAAAGUCUCUAGUUGAACAUGGAGUAAGAACCAGAGAGACCGGGAGAGGGGGGAGAGGGGGGAGAUGGGAAUGCCUCUUGAACUCCUGAAACGAUAGGCGUGGGCUUGUACUGCUGACGAGGACGGGGCGGCCUGGCAUUCUUGUGUUGCAGAGGUUUUUCCGUUCUUCUUUGUAGUUGCCAGCUGUUUUUUGUCAUGUUUUCCAGAAGGCGACACGGUUGGGUUAGUCUCUCCGAGCAGAAGGCAGACGGUGGUCUCGAAAUCUCUGGCCGAGCGUGCAGAAAUGACGGGAAGGUCGCUGCUUCUGUAUCGUGUUCAAGUAUCUCGUCUGGUAUCGUGUAUUGUAGCAAGUAGUGGCGUGCUCCAUCUUUGUCGAGUUGUGGCUGCUGACAACAGCAACGCCAGAGGGAUAAAAAAGCAAUAUUAUAGU